CAGGAGCGCCACAGCCGGCCGGAAGAACAGGGCAGCCGAGCGGCUGCUGUCGGCGCCAGACGGCGCGCCGGCCGCCGGGAGAGCGUGGGCCACGAGAUGGGGCCCCAAGAGAGCGCUCAGGAGCGCGCCGGGGAGCCUGCCGAGCUUCUGGAGUCUGGGCUGCAGCUGACCGACCACGCGCCUUCGAACGCCAGCGAGGAGCCUGCGGACGCCGAGGCAGCCGGGGCACCCGGAGGCGGCAGAUGCUGGCUCUGCAGAUCCUCGCCGUGCUGCUCUCGCGCGGAGCCCGAAACCAAGAAGAAAGCACCCUGUCCUGGACUUGGCUUGUUUUACACAUUAUUGUCUGCCUUCCUUUUCUCAGUGGCCUCUUUAUUUGUUAAAAAAGUACAAGACGUCCAUGCUGUAGAAAUUAGUGCAUUUCGAUGUGUGUUCCAAGUGCUAGUUAUUAUCCCUUGCUUAAUAUACAGAAAAACUGGGUUUAUAGGUCCAAAAGGUCAACGAAUUUUCCUCAUUCUCAGAGGAGUCUUUGGUUCUACUGCCAUGAUCCUUAUAUACUAUGCUUUCCAGACAACGUCCCUCGCAGAUGCCACAGUUAUCACGUUUAGCUGCCCAGUGUUUACAUCUCUAUUUGCUUGGAUAUUUCUCAAGGAAAAGUAUAGCCUUUGGGAUGCUUUCUUCACCUUGUUCACAAUCACUGGAGUGAUCCUUAUCGUGAGACCACCAUUUUUGUUUGGUUCCGACACUUCGGGGAUGGAAGAAAGCUAUUCAGUCCAUCUUAAGGGAAUGAUUGCGGCAAUCGGACAUGCCGUGUUUGCUGCGGUGACUCUAGUUAUCCUAAGAAAAAUGGGAAAAUCUGUGGACUACUUUCUGAGCAUUUGGUAUUAUGUCAUACUUGGCCUCACUGAAAGCAUCAUCGUCCUCUUUAUAAUAGGAGAAUGGAGUGUGCCUUACUGUGGCUUGGACAGGCUGUUUCUUAUACUCAUUGGGUUCUUUGGUUUGGGGGGUCAGAUAUUUAUCACAAAAGCACUUCAAAUAGAAAAUGCAGGACCCGUAGCACUAAUGAAGACAAUGGAUGUGGUCUUUGCUUUUAUCUUUCAAAUUAUUUUCUUUAAUGACAUACCAAGCUGGUGGACAGUGGGUGGUGCUUUCUGUGUAGUAGCCAGUAGUGCUGGAGCAGCCAUUCGUAGAUGGUUCCAGAGUUCCAAAUGAAGCAUCAUUGCUGAAAUUGAUAUUUUUUUCAAGUACACCAUCAACCAUUUCAAAUACACACACACACACCUGGAAAUUUGCAAUUAUUAAUUGAUUAUAUUUAAUAAAUUUCAUAAAUAAAGUACCAUUUUUGGAUAUGGUAUGUCUUUAAUUAAGAAUAGCUAGCCUGGGUAGUCUAGCAAAAUUUUUUGGUAGUUUUCUGUUUUGUUUUUGCUGUUGUUGAGGUGGCCUUGAUGAGAAGAGAGCUCAUUAUUUGAAGAAAAACUGCAAAAAAAUUUAUGACUCUUAAUAAUAUAUAAUUUUUAAACAUAUUUUUGGUACUGAUGGGAUUUGAGUGGGGAAAUUUUAGAAAUUAUUUUAGCUGUGUAGAGCCUAAGAAACUUAUUGAUAAUGCUGCUAUCAUUAGUAUUAUGUUAACAAUUCAUUUGCAACAUAAUUCCAUUUAGGAUGCCAAAACUGAAGUUUGGUAUAGGUGCCUACUUAUUGGUAUUAAUAGUCAAAUGAAUUGGCCUUAUUUUUGAGGAUUUUAUAAAUGAUUACCAAUCAUACUUUUAACUCAUUUGUGCCUUUUCAUUUUGAUGGUGGAGUUUUUAUAUGUAACCUUUAAAAAGUCUUUAAAUGACCAAAUUUGGUCAGUAAUUUUCUGUUUCAUUGGCAUUAGCAACUGUAGAUAUCAUUUUAUAAUUCUGUCCUCUUUUUUGUUUUUUGACAUUGCAUUAUUUUUUUUUUGACACUGCACUAUUUUUUUUUAAACAUUCCAAGAUUUCCAGUCUUUAAAUCACAAGAGCAAAAUCUUGGCAUGAUCAGUGUGCACACUUCUAUCCUGAAGUGUUUUCUUCUCACUUGAGAUGUGAUUUUUCUAUAAAUUCUCCUUGAAUUUAUAGUGUGAUGCCAAAUAAAAUUUUCUCAGGAUCUUAUUAGGUUGAAACCUAUAAUAUUGCCAAGAUUUUACUAUUUUAACUUACAACACUGAGUUUCAUUAGGUUUAUCCUAAUAGGUAUCUCCCUUACCUACUGAAUCACUAUCUUUGGACUAUAGACUUUAAGUAACUUUUAAAAAUGCAGUUCUACUAUUAAACUUAGUCUUUUUUCCUUUAUGAGAUUAUAUGUAAUAAUGCUUAUGCUAUACAUUAAAUGUAAUGACCUGUGAACCCCACAGUUCAUUGACUUUUAUAGUUUCUUACAUAGAAAAAAAAAAUCACUGGGAAGUUCUAGUGUUUCAGCAUGAUGUUAACUAUCAAGCUGCACCACGAUACAUCAUGAAUUCAAAGAAUACAUUUUUUUUUAUCUGGAGCAUCUUCUGGCCAAUAUUCUCCAGUUGAAGAAAGAAUUGGGUAUCUAGGAAAGUGUGGCAGGUUAGUCCCAAUAUAGGAAAUACAUGCACAUGAACCUUUAGUGGCCUCCAACGCUUACUGUGUCAGAUACAUCAUCUAUCAUUAUCUUAAGCUGUUGAGUAGAAAGGCUAAAGGUUCUUUCCCACCCUCUCAUUACAAUUCUUCCAAAGUAAGGAAUUUGAUUUCUGGGAUUUAUGCUUUGGUGAGAAAAGACCUUUUCCAGUAAUUCCAAAAGGGAACUUUAGGCUUUUGGAUAUCUAGUUAACUAAUGCUUUUCACCUGACAAAUGCUAAAUGAAGUCUCUCUUUAGGUGAGUCAGCUCAAUCAACUUUUACCUAACUUGCAAUAUUGGAAUUAAAACUUGUGAAAGUAUCAUUUUGAAAGUACUGUGGAUAAUUUAAAAAUCUGAGCAUUUUUGAGCUCAAAAGUAUCUUAGAAAUCAUCAUAUAGGAGCCAUGCUCCAUAGAUUAGAGAUGACAGAGAGGAGAUCUGCCCAAGAUGGGUUUUCAUGGCCUCCCCCCACAUAGUGUCAUGAAAAAAAUAUAGGGAAAAUGAACCACACCUGGAGCUACCUAAGAUGGAUUAAUUCCAGUUUUCUACCUUGCAAAAUAAAAGAAUCUAUAGGAUCUUGAAAGUUAAAUCCCUUUGGACCUAUAUUCUAGAGACAUGUUUUAUUUCAACAGUGUGGCUUUAGUACUUGAAUGACACCAUAUAUGACUAAAGUUAAAGAAAACAUUUCUUCUUCCAACUUUUACAGGGUAUGAUUCUUAAACACUUCUAAUGUCCAAGGUGUAUACAAGGCUAUGUGUUGUAACAAUUAUGGGUGUGUAUAUUUUUGCAAAGAUUGUAGUUUCUAUAUCUCUAAAAGGAAAAUAUUUUUCAUAACUUGUUUUUAUAAGUAAUAAAAUCAUAUGAAAGAAAGCUAUAUGUUGAUUUUCAUGAUUAUAGAAAAUUUUGUAUGUAAAAUAACAUUUCUCAUUUUCAUCAUGUGCUUCAAAAGUCCUUCUCUGCAGAAGAUUGACCUUUAGCUAUAUAGCUGGCAUGUAUUCUCAAAUUUCAAGUUGUUUAUCUGUCCGUCUUCCACUGUCACUUCAACUCUGACAUCUCUAAAAUAAAGGCACCAAUUUUCUGUUCUAAUAAGCCCAUUAUUUUUCUAGACCCUCAGAGGUUGUAGAAGUUUUAAACUCUGUACUUUUGGUUCUCAUGGCUGAUCUGUUACUAAAUCCUGGGAUAUCUUA